AUGCUGCUUUACAACCGGAACUACAACCGAAGGAAUGGUCUGGACAUGAACGAGUCAAUGCAGGCGGACGUCUACUUCACACCAAAAGACAGUACAAACGAGGAGCAGACGUGCAUCCACCCUCAGCUUCAAAUCAACGAUCCUAUAAUGAGAAAACUCGUUUCUUCGUUCCCUCCACAAAGAUGCCCGGGACGAAAAAAUUGGGUUACUGUGUCAGGCGGGAGUGUUCAUUUUUCUGAAGAGCUUUUAUCAAGUCAAGGGUCGUGUGAUUAUUUCCCUUUCGUCCGUGUUGGGGACUAUAACGUAACUUUAGGAGACCCAUUGAAGAACGGGUUUGAAGGCUUAAGCAUUGUUAUUUUAGGGUUCGAUUCGAUGUCUAGGAUGUCGUGGCUCAGACGAUUAAACAAAACCAGGAAGUAUUUUUAUGAGACGCUGGGAGCUGUGGAGCUAGAGGGUCACAAUAUUCUGGGGGACGGGACGACGGCGGUCAUGUUCCCCAUGCUGACUGGGAAGUUUGAGUGGGAACUUCCAGAGUGUAGGCGUAACUUUCCAGGAGCCACAACUCUUGAUGAUUUCCCUUUUCUAUGGCAUGAAAUGAAAAGAGCCGGCUACCUCACGUCAUGGGCUAAUGCGGCACCCCAUUCAGCGCCCUUCAACUACCGCAUGAUGGGCUUCAAACAGCCACCCACCGAUUUCUACACGCGGCCCUUUUACUUGAUGGCGCAGAAUAUGAGCGGAAAUUUAACCCAGGAGUGCUUUGGGUCUCAGUCGUUCAGUCAGGUCUGGUUCAACUAUUUCAUGGACAUCUUUCAAGUCUACGGGGAACGGAGAAAAUUUCUUUUCCAUUUCCUGGUGGACAUGAGUCACGAUGAUAAUAAUUUAAUUACAAAGCUAGAUGACGAUUUGAAAGACACAGUCCAACAACUACACCUGGGCGGUCACCUGAACACGACUCUCCUGAUCCUGAUGGGCGACCACGGGGCAAGGUACAGUGAAGCCCGGGGCAGCUGGUCUGGCAAGCUGGAGGAGAGACUUCCAUACGUGUCGCUGCUCUUCCCUGACUGGUUCCAGAAGAAAUUUCCACAAGCCAUGACAAACUUGCGCACCAAUUCUAAGCGGUUAACGACGCCGUUUGACUUUCACGAGACUUUUAAAGACUUUUUAGAGUAUGGGGGUUCUGGCAAGGGGGAUAAACGUCAAAGGGGAAUAAGUUUAUUUAAGGAAAUCCCGUUAGACAGAUCGUGCGAGGAUGCAGGGAUAGCCCCGCACUGGUGCGCAUGCCUGGCUUGGGACAAAGUCUCCGUGUCUGAGUUCGGCGUACAGCUAGCCCUUCAAGCAGUGAUGGACAAAAUUAACAAAUUCACAGCGCCCUACAGAAGCAAGUGCGCUCUACUUUCUAUCGCCAAUGUAACGUCAGCCUCUAAGUUACAAACAAGGAAAGAGGUCCUCAAGUUUUCGCAGACGGACGCAGACGGGGGCAUUUAUAAAAUUGAUUUUACUUCGUCCCAUAAAAGUGGUAUCACUAUUUAUCAACUGACGUUUUUUACAUUGCCGGGCGGCGGCCAUUUUGAGGCGACCGUGACGCAUGACGCCCUCAGGGAAGAGUUUAUUCUGAACGAAAAAGAAAUUAGCAGAAUAAACAAGUAUGGAGACGCCCCGGCUUGCAUUUUAAAUGAGAAUCGACAGAUAAGACAAUAUUGUUACUGCAAAACUAAGAAGUCGUCAUCAGAAUUAUGA